UCAUAAUACCUUAAAGUCUAAAAUGGCUUCAAAAAUACUCUUAGCAUGUGACUCUUUAGAUGAUGAUUACAUUGACAUGGAAAUUAGUUCAUACUCCAACUUCUUCAAUCAUCAUUCUGAAAAAACUAUUCCACAGCAGCCUAGAGAAUUUGAGUUCCAAAUGUCUUCUUCCAUUGUUCAAGAGAAAGAUACAACGACUUCUCCCGCCGACGAGCUUUUCUACAAAGGAAAACUCCUGCCUCUUCACCUUCCACCUCGGUUACAAAUGGUCGAAAAACUCCUUCAAAAUCCUCAUAAACCUUUUGAGGAUGAAAAAUACAUCUUUGAAGAGUUCUACAGCACUCCAUUAGCCACUACUGCUUUUACAACACCAAUUACUGGUACACCAUUUGAGUCUUGCAAUAUCUCACCAUCUGAUUCUUGUCAAGUUAGUCGAGAACUAAAUGCGGAAGAGUAUUAUAACCUCGACUACCAUGCAACGGAUACAAGUGGCUUUGCUGUCGAAAAUCAGAAGAAGUCAUGGACAAAGAAACUUAAACAGUCUUCUCUAGGUUCAAAGUUGAAGGCUUCAAGAGCUUAUCUUAAGUCUUGGUUUGGAAAAUCUGGUUGUUCAUAUGAAACCUAUGCAACAUCAACAAAAGUAGCGGAUGAAGGUUCAGUUUCAAAAGCAAGGGAAAUUUUGAAUAAGCAUGUUCAAGGAACAAAUAAAAAUCCAUAUGGCCAAAUUCAGAGGCACAAAUAUCAUCAGUCUUCAAUUUCUGUCAUGAGAGGCUACAAAGAAAAGAAUAAUGAAGAUGGAAGUAAUCAUCACAGAAGGUCAUUUUCUGUUGGCAUCAAACUUCUUUCAGGAAACAAGUCAUCAUCGAAUUCGUCGAUAUCUGGUUCAUCAUCAUUUUCACUUUCAAACAAAUCAUAUGGAUGUCAUCAAACUCACCAGCUUCUCAAAAGGUGCAACAGUGCAAGCUCAGAGAUAGAAAAUUCAAUCCAAGGAGCAAUUGCACACUGCAAGAAGUCUCAGCAAAUGUUAUCUUGAAAAGCAGCUUUUUUGUUUUGUUGUAUUUUUCAUACAUUGUCUUUCCAAUUAGAAAGUAACCUUGUGAUGAAAGAUACCUCCAAUUCACUAAUACAAAUUUUCAUAAACAUUCAUGGUUGUUGGGAUUGGCUUA